GUGUGGCGCGUUUCAUCACAUGUCGUCAUCUGUGUUGACAUUUUCCGAUGAAAUCAGUCAUGAAUCGUAAAGAACAAAAAGUAUCAUGUUUUGCUGAAUGGGAGGAGGGUGUCAUGUGAGAGGCAGCGUGGGUAGCAUGUGGUGGGGCAUGGAGGUGCCCAAGAUGCCAGCAUCUGAGUGAGAUACCACCGGUGAAGCCAUGAGCUCGUUCUCAGGCAAGAUUAAGGAGUUCCCGCAGAUCUCUGUGGACAGAUUUGAUGGUCGCAACCUUGCCAGUACUGCUUAUUUCCUUAGCCAUGCCCAUUCAGACCAUAUGAUUGGGCUGAGUUCUCCCCAAUUCUUAGACCACUUAGAAAGCAAUAGUGGUGUAUACUUGUACUGUUCUGCUAUCACUGCUCGCUUUCUGCAAGCAUCUAUCAGACAUCGCCCCCUUGACCCAUUUGUGCGACCACUUCCUCCAGAGGAACCUGUGAAGAUUACUGUUCCCAAUGUUGCAGAAGAAGCAAGCCACCAGCUUUGUGUUACUCUUAUACCUGCAGGACACUGCCCUGGCUCAGUCAUGUUUCUUUUUGAAGGAAGAGGAGGAACAGUACUCUACACAGGAGACUUCCGCACCAGUGUCGGCGAUGUUGAACGGAUACGUGCACUGCACAACACUGAUGGAACUGUUAAAACUGUAGAUUCUUUACAUAUAGAUACAACCUUUUGCCAUCGGGACAUCUUACAUUUUCCGACAAGAGAAGAAAGUUCUUCUGCUAUUGGUGAUCUUGUUGAAGACUGGUUAGCCAGAGGAAAUAAUCAUCUUAUUCAUCUUGUAUGUCCAGCAAAAUAUGGCUAUGAGUAUGUCUAUCGAAGCCUGCACGAGAGAUUUGGGAUGCGUGUACACGUCAGCCGGUGGAAAUAUCGGAUGUAUGACACUGUACCUGAAAUUCAAGAUGCUCUUACUCCCGAUGCUACUGAAACAUGGAUUCAUGCCUGUGAUUGGAGGAUGAAUGAAGUAGAAGAAGGUGAAGAUCAAAGUGAUCGCCAACUUCCCUGUCGGUGUGUACCAUUUGGGGUGGACACUGCUCCAAGCAUACGUGUUAUCCGACCCUCAGCCAUGUUCUACACUAUGUAUCAGUCUGCUAAGGAAUUGAAGCAAAUUAGUCGAGAUGGCAGUUUCUGCCGAGUGCUUUUGUCUAUGCACGCAUCUUGUUCAGAGGUUCUUGAUUUGGUUUCCUAUCUUCGACCUCGAAAGGUGUAUCCUAAUGUUAUUCCUAUGAAUUCUUCGAGAGAAGAGGUUCUGAAACUUCUUCAUGAAGCCUUGAAUCGUUCUGGAGAUCAUUACAGUAUAGAAUAUGGUGGUACUCAACGACGCAGUAUGGGUUCAUUCAAACGGCAAUUACAAAGUAAUGAAAGCAGCAGCAGUACAUUAGAGGCGGUCAUGUUUGAUGGUUACCUCACAUCUCCAAGUAAACGGCGGCGGCACAGCGAUAGCAACAUGACCCUUGUUCUUCCUACUCCCCGUGGAAACAUGAAAGGCUCUCUUAGCUUAGAAGGUGAGGCUAGAUGUGAUGCAGCUGAAGGAGAUGUAGCAACCAACUGUGGUGCUGGGUCCUCAGGGAGUCUUGGGGCUCAGGGAUCUCCAGGAACAAGUUUAGAGUGGAUAGAUCCUUACACACCAUCACCCACUUCAUCUUCCUCAUAUAAAUAUACUUAUACUCCCAAUUCUAGUCAGGAAGAUCAACAGUCUGGUGCACGAAUAACCAGUACUCACAAAGUCAAUCUUUCCUGCAGAUUUGAUUCUGCAAACGUAGGAAUUACUCCAAACGAUAGUGCAAUACGAAAUGUGAUAGUAAAGGUGUCUCCCCCUGUUACAAGUAAAAUAUCAAGUACUGGAGCAAGUAGUAGAGGAAGUGAUGUUUGUAGGCUUGGAUUUAACUCUCAGCAAAUGUCUGUUGAUGCUGAUGAAGGUGAUGAUAAUCAUUCUGUAGUUAGCUUCAUUAAAACAAAUGAAAGUCAAGAUAGUAUUGAUCUAGCAAGUGUGUUUUCUGAUGAUACUAGGGAAAGCACGGUAAUGAUUGACUUGAAGGAUGAGCGGCCCGCCUCAUCUGCAGGUGUCGCUGGAGAGAGUGCAAUUAAGCGAAGUCGCAAAAUGUGGUACAAGCACAAGUACUUCUCUACACCAGUUCAUGAGGAAGGAGAUAAGCGUUUAAAAGUGGAAUCAAAAUCUACUUUUGGCCCUCGUUCAUCCUCAUUACCUCUCCCAGAGCCAGACCAUGAGGGCAUAGUGUCACCGGACUUGUUCCCUAGCCCUGAAGCAGACCGUAGUCUUCCUCUCAUCACCGUAUCCUCACCUUCUGAUCAGGCAAGUGAAUCCCAGGUGUCUGAUGAAACUAAUGUGACUGUUGUUCUUAGUGGCAGCUCAGGAGAACCAUCUGACCUAGAUGUAAUGUUAGUUGAUGAAUUGCCAGCAGACCAUCCAUUAAGUAGUGAACCUGUUCAUCAUAGGAGCCCUGCAGCUUCACGGCCUACUGUCAUAUGUGGACCACCCUUUAUUCCUUCAGCUCAAGAUAGGGAAGUUUGUUCUGAUAAUGAAGCACACACUCAUCAUGACUCCACUAGUGAUACAGUCUCCUGCAAUUCUGGUGGGUUAAACCAUAGUGUUCCACCUUUGAAACCUUUAUCCACAACACCUCCAAAAGUAAUAGAUUUGGUUAGUGACAGUGAUUGUACACCAGAGUUGGAGGACUUAUUAAUACGCAAACAUGAAGUAACUGGAAUGACAGUUAAGACUGAAGAGUGUUCAGAACGAUCGUCUUGCUUAAAGACUACUCGACGUAGAGAUAAUGAAGUAGAGGUUGUGACAUUAGAUCAACAAAGUCUCUGAAAUAUUAUGUGAAUAUGAAUAUAAAAUUAAAUUUGCAUUAUUCAGGUAUUGUUGUACUUUGAUUUUAUUGAUCACUGUUGAAGCUACACUUAAUGUCAUAUCUCCUAUUAGGAUUCAUUGCAAACUUUUCUGAUAAAAUGAAGUCUCUUACAGAUAAUGGCAGUGCUACACCAUCUCUAUUCUAAGAUGAAAGUUGACGUAUAAUAAAUAAUGCAGUUGUUAAAGAUGGCCAUACAGUAUAACUAACUGACUAUACUUUUGUACAUUAAUUAUUUGUUUCUAGAAUUGUUAUGAAAAGUUUAAAGAAAAUUGUAUGGCAAAUACAAGUCAUGAAAUUCAUUGUAAUUUAAAAUUAUGAUGUACCUGUACAUGUAGAAUUGUUCUCUCCUAACUUUCUGCAAAGAAUGAAAUAAGUUGCUUACCUAUGAUGAUGAGUUUCGAGAGUUUUUCUACUCCCGGAGCCUGGCCCUGGGUCAGGCUUGUCUUGUCUUUCAGUGAGUUAUAUCUAGUUGUAAUGGGCUAAGAUAUCAUAGCCUUGUUUAAACUCAUUCCCUUCAUACUGUAUUCCAGUAUUUCUAGUCACCACCAUGCUGUUUUGUUCCUAGCCUAUUCUUUAUCUUUUUUUCUAAUGUUAUCAAAAUUCCUUCAUAAACUAGCAUUAAUGUUCUCUUUCUUUGCUAAUGUUAUUUUUAUGAUAAAUAUAAGAAAGGCUUAAGUACCUGCUGUACUAUCAUUAUUUUGGUCAAUAAAUUAAAAUGGAAGACAAACUGCGUACUGUAUUGUAAAUAGUAACUCAAGUUUUGACAGCCUCUGGUAGAUUUUUCGCUUGGAGCUCGGCAACAUGAGUGGGAUUAAGUUUUAUACACAUAUUUUAUAUAAUUUAGUUAAUAAAGUUUAGAAUAUUAUUAUGUAUAGUAUCAGUUGUUAUGUGCAGUGUAAAAUGUAAAUUUACCCCAAGUAGAUAUUACUGGUUAAUGUAACAAUUAUUUUUAGAUUUCAUAUUUAUUAUUGUACAGGGGUGUUAUAAAGAAUUAGAGUUUUAACUUUAAAUAUAUAAAUUGAGCUACAGUAUUUCUUAAAAAAGAAACUGUAAAUAAAUUAUGUAAAUAUAGUACAUACUUUACCAGAUGCUAUAGUUGAGCAAAUAUGAAAGUUGUAAUCAAAAUAAAUGUGGUUUAUUUCUGAUGCCUACUUUCGUCACUCUUCUUGCAUAUGAUAUUUGUUUCAGUCUUUGUGUGGUUACACUCAAUGUUUGGUAGAUACACAAUAUUUUGAGGCCGUGAUGAAAUUAGAAAAGAAUGGCUGUAAGAUUUCCAGGUAUUUGCAUUCAUAAUUUUAUCUUUUAUCUUUUUAAAUUGUGCUGUACAUUGAUUUUCCUUCUAUUAUUGAAUUUUAAUAUACCACAUUUUGUGGUUACCAUGAUGUAUAUAACACUUUACAAGGAUAGAGGAAAACCUAUGUUUACCUAACUUACUCAUAAUGCAGGGUGCUUUUUCUGUCAUCACAAACCAUAGAAAUUCAAAAAUAGAAAUAACAGUGCUCAGUCAUGUCACUAGCCAAAAAUUAAGAGAUAGGACCAAGAGCUGGAGCUCACUCCCCCUGCAAAUUCAGAUAGGUAAUUACAUAGUAUAUCUUUACACUGUUUAGGGCUUUUCAUAUGAAUAUAAUAAUAAUUUUACACCAGCCUAUAACUCCCAGUAUAUAAAACUAUAAAUCUUUUCAUGUUUGUCUUAUAAGAAUAUCAGUUAAAAUUAAUAUGAUAAACUUUUCUUUGAAAAUAUUAUAAGGAUAUGCAUAGCAUGCAUAUGAUGUAGUAUUACUAUAAGCUUGAUCCCACUCUUGUUGACACUACGAGGUACACAAUAGCAGAAAUGACAAAUAUAUAAUGCACAAUAUUAUUUAGUGUAACAGGUAGAAGGGCAUUUUAAUAAUGGCUGUGUUUAUAUUAUAAAUCUUUGUAUACAGAAGGAAAUUAAGUUACUGAAAUCAAAGUUUAGUGUGCUAUCUUUUCCAUCAUUUAUAUACUAUUGCUCUCUUCAUCCUCACUCAUACAUACAUAUGCAUGUCGGCAUCUACACGAGAUUGUAUAUGAAAUGUAUAGAGCAGUAAAAGGUUGUAUGCCUAGUGUGUUUUUAUUGGGAAUUGAUGUAUUAGAUAUUGACAGAAUAUAUGAUUAUGCUUUUUAAAGAUUCUAUAAUAAUUAUUAUAGAACUUUUAAUUAUAAUUAAACUACUUGGAUGUGAAUAUUUUAAGUGUAACUUGUUUACUUGCUUAAAUACACCAAAGCUGUUUCUUCAGUAUAAUUUAAAAUUUAGGCAUUUUAGACUUAUCCAGUAGUAUUUAUUGUGUGUGGUUUGUAAUCAUGACCCUUUAAUUUCUCUGGAUCAGUGCGACUCAGGCAGAAAAUCAUUUGCAGUACUAGCCAUACAUGGGGGUUUAUCCUAAACAAAUGAUAUCAUUUGCCUAGUUAUACAGUUAAAUAUUUUUACUAAGAUAAAAUUAUUUGAUAAGGUUAAAAAUACCCUUAACUGAAGAAUGCAACAGCUGCAUAUAUGCAAAAGUACCUACAUAUAAAGUAAAUUACUAGGGAUGGGGCAAUACCGGAAUUUUUGCUGAUAACCAGUACCAUCAAAAUUAGCCAAUACCACUGAUGUUUUGACAGAUCCCUACAAAUUACAGUUGUAAAUUGUAUUAAAGGAGUGGGUAGCUGAUUCUAAAAUGAGGUUUAUCACUUUUCUUAAAAAUAUAUCCACUUAUAUUUAUUUGUAAAAAGCUCUACUUUAUGAUAAUAUAGUUUUUAUUAACAAAAUUCAAAUGUCUAGUUAUAUGGAUAGGACCUGAGCAGUGGAUGUCUUCUUAUUUACAAAGUCAGUGCUAAAUCCAGUAAAAGUAGUUUAAUAUUUUAGUGACCUUGAUGUGCAUUCAAAUUUUUGAAGAUCAGUAUUUUAUGUUUCCAUAAAAGCCCUGGGAAGUUGAAACUAAACUAUGUUAGAAACCUAUUACAAAAUAUGAAAAGUUCAUUGUUUUUCUUCUGACCAGCAAGUUUUUUAAUUUAUUUGAAAAAUGUUAUUCUUCAUCAUUGUUACUUCAUUACACCCAAUUGGCUGGUUAUCUAGAAGUAUGGGUAGAUUUUUUCAAGAAAAGUUCUGCAGUCAUCUGUCUUGAGCGACUUUGUUUGGUCGAGGGAAAAUAGAAAUGCUGAUAUGGUGGUUUGAUAGACAGUAUCACUGUUCCUUAUUUGUUUUUUGAAUUUGUUUACCUUGAGUAUCCCAAAGAAACCAUCAUCAUUCAGUCUCUGGCUGUCCUUCCACUAAGCUACAUGAAUACACUAGACUUUCAAACAUGCAAAACUAGUCAGCCAGAUUGAUUUCCAGAACUUUUUUUUAAUAGACAUUAACUUGGUCAUACAGUGGAACCUUGGUUGUCAAACAGACUAGUUGUUAAACAAAUCGGUUUUUGAACAAAGAAUUUGGCCCUGGUUUCCGUACGGGGUCUUGAUUGUCGACCAACAAUGGUUGGACUAUAUGAUCACCAGACACAGUCCACAGCAUGGGUCUCUUGAGCUCUUGCUGUGCAUCUUGUGAAGAUAAUGAAACCAAAAGUAUGAAAUUUGAUGGACAACUUAUGGAAUUAUGCUAUCGCGAAGUUAGAGGUCUUGAUGAUAUUUAUGCAUUGGCAAUUUCACUUACAUUAAGCCCUAUUUUGGGACAAUUCCAUUGUUCCAGUCGGCCAAACUCAUAGCUACCCGUAUUUUGCUAGAACUUUUAUUCUAUCGAGUGAGUACAAGAAACUGCCCAUUUACCUGUUUCAAUUACCCAAUAAAGUGAUCUGAAAUUACUAAUUUGGCCAAUUUCACACAUAAUUCAAGAAAGGCCAAUUUCAAAAUAGUCCAGUAUAAACAAUGCAAACAUUCCUUGCACUAAAAUAACAUUUUAUCUGUUCAUUAGUCACGUCUACAGGCCCCUCUUAUAUUACGCUUGCUUUUCAUUUUGAAUUCUUAUUCACACAAAAAAAUAGAAGAUUUGUUGUUAUUCAGACUACUACAUAAUUGUAAUAAUUGUAUAAAUAAUAUCAGUGCAUUCGUGAAUGCACAUGAGAUCCACCAGUUGACGUGUAUUGCACACAUGAUUUGUUUACUCUUGAAUAUCAGCAAAAAUCGAACAUUUCCGCUACUUUGAGCUCAAUUUCAAGCUACUGUUAGUCUUUUAACCAUUGAAAAUCAUCUAUAUUUCUGUAAUAUAUUUUCCAUUCUAUCAAAUGAGACCAAGAAAAUGAGAAUACACCCAUAAAUACCAUACGAAAAUACACUGCAUUAUGGAAGACUUUAAUAGUAAGAAGAACCAGAAGCAUGGGGAAAUAAAUUGAUGGAGGCAUGGAUGAGGAACUUCAUGUACCAUCACAUAAAGAAAACAACGAGAAAGGUGAGUGAAGUAAAUGUCACUGUUUUAAACCAAAAACACGGUCGCAGUUUUUUUCUCAUUAUGUGCUGCGUGCUGCAGGAUUUUUUUUUUAUACUGUGCACAGUGACUAUGCAGACCCAUUUUCUCACAUGUAGGCCUACCAGCUUUCUCUAGCAAAAUUUGAAGCUGCUAGAAUUUUGUCAUUAGAUCUCUUCUGACAGGUAAGAGGCAGUUUAAAUUUUCAUUUACUGUACAGUAUUUCAGUUAAAUUUUCAUUUAGUAUUCAUUUUUAGUGUGUGUGUGCUGUAUAAUUUUAUACAUUGUUUAUGUAGUAGUUAGUACAUUCUUUCUUUCAACACAUCGGCCGUAUCCCACCGAGGCGGGGUGGCCCAAAAGGAAAAACGAAAGUAGUUAGUACAUUAUUUUUAAUAAAUUAUUAUACUGUCACUUUUGGUCUGGAACGGAUUAAUUCUAUUUACAUUAUUCUUUAUGGGAAAAAUUGGUUUGGUUGUCGAACUGACAUCUGGAACGAAUUAAGUUUGACAACCAAGGAUCCACUGUACUACAACAGUGUGUUAAAUACCAUCACUACAAUGUAGCCCCCUCAUGUAUGCCAGCUGAAUGUCAGACUUUCUACAAAUUAACAUGUAUUUCACACCUCAUAAACUUUCACUCAGACACUACCUUUACUAACAUUCCUUCUGUAUUCCCAUAUAUAUGUGCUCUGUGCAAGCCAAUUAUGCCUGAUUCUCUCUACAUAAAUGAUUGUUUAUCUCAUAUUCUUCUGCUCAUUUUCAUUAUACCUUUCAUACUUUCAACUUCAAAUCUCUUCAUUACUUAUUUUCUGUAUAAUGUCACAUCUUAAGCCAGAGACAUUGCUCUACAUCUAUAUAAAUGAGUUGGCACCACUAUAUUAUAAUACAUUUUUGUUUUUCAUUCAUGAGAAAAAUUUCAUUUUCUUUGUUCACAUAGUUGUCAGCAAUUCAGCAGCUUUCUUUCUCUUAUGUUUUGUAGUUAAUCUUAUCAGUAAUGGAAAUGCCUACUGGUACUAUGUAUACAGGCAUCUAGAAACAUGCCCUUCCUCAAAUUUCUUUUGCUUCAUUUCUGAUUGCUACUGUUAUUCUAAUAAUUUCACUAAUUUCUUUGCUUACUUUUAACUUUAGUGUUUUACACACCCUUCCAGACAUCUUUACCAACCUGUGUAACCUUUCUUCAAAAGUUGUCACACCUCCCAUGUAAAUUUUAUUAAUUUUCAUUAAGGCCAACAUUCUUAGUCAUUAGCUUUCAUGUCUUAUACAAACCUCAAAUUGAGAUAAUGCAGUCUUUGGUUAGUCGUAUUGUUUGAUUUCUUACCAACUUCCCAUGGAGACAACACAUCUUUUGCUUGGUCCUACUGUUACUGAUAACUUCCUUUUCCUGCAAUAUCUAGAGCCCUGAUUAAUUUAGUAAAACUUUUAGAGCUUUUAAUAACUUAUCUCCUAUGCAUCUGUCACACCUGAUAUAAGUUUCAUUAAGAACAUAAAAAACUCUAAUUUAUUGAUAAUAUUAAUGUAUCUUGAGUUGCAGUGAAAGAAAAGCUAGUUUUUGCAGUACAAAAAAGUUUUAUCUCACAAAGAGUAUAUUUUUUGAUAAUGUCAUAGAGGUAACUGAUAUUGCAAAUUGGAUAUUAAGUCUUAGAUGUAUGGUAUAACUGAAGUAAAGUAUUUAGCAUUUGAAAUACAUAAAAAAAUAAAAUAAAGUACAGUGGUACCUCAAGUUAUGAACUUAAUUCAUUCCAGAAGGCUGUGCGAGUGCAGAUACCGAACAAAUUUGUUCCCAUAAGGAAUAAUGUACAUUAGAUUAGUCUGUUUCAGACCCCCAAAAUUACACUUACAGAAGCACUUACAAAAAUACACUUACAUAAUUGUUCGAGUUGGGGGCUGUUCGAAACUCGAGGUACCACAGUAAUUGGAUUCAUACAUAAAUUUUGUUUUUCAUUGUGGAAUUUGGGGCAGGAUUUUUUUACCCUUUCACUGUCAAGAGCCCUGCUCAAAAAAAAAAAAAAGAUUUUUUCUUAUGAAAUGAUAAUCUUUUCCUGAUGGUAAUGACAUCAAAAGUACGAAAUUUGAUGGAAAACUUAUGAAAUUACGCUCUCAUGAAGUUAGUGGUCUCGGUGACAUAUACGCAUCAGCGAUUUCGCCCACUUUGGGCCCUAUUUUUGGCCAAUUCCAUUAUUCCAGUCAACCAAACUCAUAGCUAUUUUCCUAGAACUGUUCUAUUGAUUGAGUACAAGAAACCGCUCAUUUACCAAUUUCAACUACCCAAUAAAGUGGCCAGAAAUUGGCAAUUUGGGCAAUUUCACAUAAAUUUCAAAAGAUGCCAAUUUCAAAAUAGGGUCCAGAAUAAACAAUGCAGACAUUCCUGGCACUAAAAUAACAUUUUCUCUAUUCAUUACUCAUGUAUCCAGGCCCCUCUUAUAUUACUCUUGCUUUCCAUUUUGAAUUUUUAUUUACACAAAAAAAUAGAAGAUUUAUUCUUAUGCAGACUACUGCAUUAUUGUAAUAAUUGUAUAAAUAAUGUCACCCCAUUUGUGACCGCGUAUUAGACUGGCCAGUUGGACACGUAUUGGACAAUGAUGUCAUUUGUUUACUCCUGAACAUCAGCAAAACUCAAACAUUUCCUCUACGUUGAGCUCAAUUUCAAGGUACUUUUCAUUGUGAAACCAAUCAAAAUAAUCUCCGUUUCUGUAAUAUAUCUUCCAUUUUAUCAAAUGAGACCAAGAAAACGAGAAUACAACCAUAAAUACCAUACAAAAAUACACCUUGAAGUCGGUGUUUUCAACCAAAAACACGGUCGGAGUUUUUUUUUUCUCAUGCACUGCGUGCUGCAGGUUUUUUUUAUACUGAGCACACUGACCACGCAGACCCAUUCUCUCACUUGUAGGUCUAUCAGCUUUCUCCCGCUGGAUCUGAAGCUGCUAGAAUUUUGGCAUAUUAAUACAGCACCAACACUGGCUUGUAAACUGUACUAAUACGACACUGACAGUUAAAGGGUUAAUGCUAACCUUGAGUGACACCUGCCAACUGUUGAAUACAGGUCAGCCAUCGGUAAUCCAGUUCCAUUAGUAAUCCGGCAUAAUUUCAAAUUUCCAGGGUUGCCACACCAACUUGCUGCUACUGUUUGGUGGUGCUACUUGCUGCAUAAGUCAUUCCAAUUUCUUUUUCUCCAUUUAUUGUUGCAACCUGCUCACUUUUAGCCCUAGCCCUAGUUCCAAUGAAUAAAAUAGGGUGUAAAGUGGGUCAGAUCGCCAAUGCGUAAAUAUUGCUGUUGGGUUAAGUGUAUUCUAACCUAACGACUGUAAUCCAGCACUCUACAGGUCCCAGUGGUGCCGGAUUAGUGAUGGUCAACCUGUACUUAGUUUCAUAAUUGUAACAAGCAACAUGUAUGGAUGCCAUCUUUGGACUGUGCUGUUUACAGGAUUACCUUCCUUCACAUCCUACCUUCCAUAGUCUAUUCCACAUAGUAUAUGAAAUCUCAGACUGAAGAACAAUUCUUAAACAUCUGAUGUAGUACAUUUACAUUAGUAAGUACCCUAUGAGGAAGCCAUGUGUGCAGUGGAAUGAACCUUUUACCCCUUCCUUUUUAUUUAUUUAAGCUACAAGUAGCAGUCCUCCUCCUGUAGUUUUAAAAGAUUGGGCAAUAGGAUGGUUCAGAUAGUAAUGUACCAGAUUUCUUUAAUUGGUAGUUUGGUAAAAGUUGGCAUAGAUAUUAUGUAAAUAUGGUAAGAGUGGAUGAGUAUGACUUACCACAGGUUGGUUGCAUGAAAAGCAACGGAAAGGCCAUGAUGAAAUUAUGAAAAUAGCAAACAAGAUAACAAGGAAGAUAGGUACACUGCUGCCAGAUCAGCGGCAGGAGGAAUGCAUUCUGCAUUUUUAAUUAUAGUUAUUACAUUUGAGAUACUAUACCAUGCACUUGUAGAAAAGAUUGAGUCUUGGAUUGCUUUCACAUUUUAAGUUUGAGCUUGUACAGUAGUGAUGUUUCAGUAAUUAUGUGACUAGAGUAUGUAGCAUGGUUCUGGCUUACCAUAUGAAAAUAGUUAAAUGCUGAACACUGUAGUAUAACAGUUUUUAUACUUUUACAUAGGUGUUGAUUUAUUUUUUUUUACCUUUUGUUAUGAUGACUCAUCAUUUAUGUAUGAUGAGAUUGUUAUGCAUGAAGUUAUGAGUGAACAUUCAUAACACUAGUGAAAUUAACAGUAUAUUUACUAGAUCAAUAAACAGGAAAAAAAAUGCAGUAAAAAAGCAUAAGCUCUAAUGUGUAACUAUUUUUUGUCAAAAUUAGGUGCUGAGUCAUGUACAAAUAUACAACAAUCCAAUUUUGUUAGUACACUGUAUGUCUUAAUGAAAAUCUUGUAAUGGUGCUGAAUAAGGAGAAAAAAAGAGAGUAUUUAUAAACCAAACUGACUUAACAGCUAAUUUCAUUAAUCCACUGGUAAGAACUAACAAAGCAAUCACCUUGGAAAAUCUGUAGAAUAAUUCAACCUUCACUAGCCAUUCAUAUUGACAAGCAUAGGCCUUCUGCUUUACUAUAGUUAACAGUGGUUAUAGUAGCUCAUAAUCAUAAGAAACAUUUGUAAUGCAUAUUUAAAUGUUCUCAGGUCUUGUUACAUUAUACUUUAAGUAAAAAAUGAGAUUAACAUAUUGAUACAUUUUGAAUUCCCACAGUUUUCCUACACAAAUUAUUGUUUUGAUUUAUAAUUGAUGUGUGCAUAUUUUUCUGGUUUGUUGUACAGUACUUUAUUCCAAAUCUGUAUUGCCAGGAAUAUCUUAGUCCUUAUGUUUCUGUGUAAUCUGAGUAAGUGAUUAUUGUUUUAUUUGAUAUGUUUUAUGUACAGACUUCUUCAGUAUUGAACUAAUGAGAUUGCUGUAUAUGUCAGUAAAAUGGUGAGCGAGUUUGUGUAUGUCACUUGAAGAUAGCGCAAACCAUGUAUAAGUACAGUAUGUGUGUAUGCAGACUUUCUAAUCACUCUCUGAAUAUGAUAAUACUGCAAAUUUGCUCGUUGUUAAGUAUGAUGUAAUAAUAUCAAAGCUUAUUAUGUAGCCCCUGGAUAGGAGCAAACCAUUGCAUACAGUAGGCAGUGGGCCGGCUGUUGUAUACCAAAUCAGAAUGCAAGAGCUUUCUUAAUUCUUACCAGUAUUAAGUAUAAUACUGUAAUGAUUUUACACUAGGGAAGAGGGGUGAAUAUAUGUAAUUAUCUGGUUUGAGUUUGCCAAAUUUAAGCUUAAUCUUAUACACCAGCCUCUUAACUUGUUGGCUGACUUAACUGGAGUCAUCAGUUUUUUUGUACAUGAUGUAUUAUUUUUGUUUCUUAAGUUUUGUUCCGUGAUUAUGGUUCUAAAGUUGUUGCAGAUGUUUAGACCUCAGUUUUCUUGUGUUUGCAGGGGAUGAAUCAUAGUUCCUAACCUAACCUUUAACUGACUGAUGGUUCUAUAUUGGUACCACAUAUUCUAGAAUUAUUAGUCAUAUGUUGGGUAUAGUGCAGUAGCAUGAAUUAGUUUUUGUUUAGGCCACAAUGUGCCAUUCUAGUGUUUUCUUGUCUGGCUUAUGUAUACCACCAAAAAUACUUGAUUUGUGUGUGUUUCUUGGUACAUUUGUUGUGAUUUUGACACCCAGAUCUUUUUCAGUGAUUAAUUCUGUGAUCAUCUCUUCACCCAUGUAGCACAUUCUUGCCUAUAUUUCAUUACUUGUAUUGCAUUCAAAUUGCCAGUUUUCUAACCACUCCUGUAGCUAGUCAAGGUCAUUUUGCAGGAUUUUUCCAGUCAUUAAUUGCUUAUACAAUAGGCCCUCCAACUUAUAAUAGUCUGAUUUACUAUAAUCUGCACUUAGGGUUGGGGCAUUUGGAACCAAUUAAUGAUUUACACAGAUACACUCUUCUGAACAUCAGAGUGUUUUGUGACUGUAGAAACAUUACUUUCAGUUAGCAAGACAUCAUCAAGAUUCAGUGAAAGUACAGUGAAAUUCUGUGUACUGUAUUGUAGCUCUGUUAUGUAUAUUGAGCAUGGACACAUUGACAUUAGCUAAGCAUUCUUUGAUGCUAUUUCAAGUGAAAGUGGCAGUAUUGAAUGUAAAUAUUGGGUAAAUAAUCUCAGUUAAAUAAUGUAAUUUGAUAUGGGAGAUUAUGGUUUGGAGGCAAAUGUCCAGUUAUGACAUGGGGUGUCCAUGGGAAAAAUAGGCUGUUUUGAACACCUGAGUUACAAUUUUUAGGUAUGCAUUAGGCUUGUAAUUGGGAUGUCUACCAUAUUCUCAUUAUCUUAGCAUGUCUUCGAACAUUUAUAUAUAUAAAUUUAGGCACGAGAGGUCAUUUAAAUAUUAGUUUGGUCAUUUUUUCUUUACUUAGUAUUGGCUUUUUUCAGAUUUUGUAGUUUAGCAAUAUGCAGUUGAUCUAUCCUUUUUCUAGCCUGUCUAAUUUCUCUGAGUAUUUUACAUCAUUUAAAGACAGGAUUUUUCAUCCUUGAAUAAAUCUCAUUCUUUCUAAGUGUUCUGGUCUAUUUCUUAUCACUUUCUCCAUUACUUUGCUUUAGAUAUUUCUCGAGAGAUACUUGUCAGUAAAUUAGCAAUACCUGUCUCUUGCCUUAUUUUUAAAUACUGGGCUUGCAUUUGCUUUCUUCAGGAGUCUAACAGUUUAUCUGUUUCCAUUGGUUUGCUUUAGUUUUGCAAAUAGUGGUUUGCUGAGUAUUGCAGCUCCUUCUCUUAGUAUCCACAGCAGUAUAUUGUUUGUGCCCAUAUCCUUUGUUUGGUUUAAAUCACUCAGCGUGUCGUAAGAGGCAACUAAAAUGCCGGGAGCAAGGGGCUAAUAACCCCUUCUCCUGUAUAUAUUAUCAAAUUUAAAAGGAGAAACUUUUAUUUUUUCUUUUGGGCCACCCCACCUUGGUGGGAUGCAGCUGGUGCAUUGAAAGAAGAAAGAUGUACGUUCAUAAAAAAAUCGUACAUACAGAAAUUCUAGUUACUGUAUUAUUUUUUUUUUAUGAACAUUAAAGAAAUCAAGUAUGUUUAGGUACAUAACAGAUGCAGUAAAGUUCCUGUUAUCCAAACCCAACAGAACCAGGAGUAGCCAAAUAAACUGGAAAAAUAGUUUUUAAAUAAUAAUAAAAAAUAAUAAUUAUAAAUAUUGGGAUUUUGUUAUUCUUGAGUGUCUGUUCUUUCAAGAAAUGCACGCACUCACACACCAAGUCAUAAAUGCAACAACAACAAUGAAGACAUACUGAAGCUUUUAUUUGAGAAUGAUAGUAUGAUCAUCAGGAUCAUAAGCUCUAACUGAGACUUGAAACUAUGAGCAGAUACCAGACUCUUAAAGACACUGGCAACUUGAUCAAAAAUCUUGGAGCUACUCUAGAAAAGGCUCUUUCUGUGAAGUAUUUCUUCCUAACAGCAUAAGGCUCAGUCAAUCUAAAAGGGUCAUGGCAUUUUGCAGAAACAUUUCUGAGCCCAGUAGGAAAUGUACAAGCAUAUCAAUAAGAUAAUUAGGUUAAAAAAAAAAAUUAACUUUAAAUGUUGAUAAA